UCCUGGAAGAUGCUGAAGCCUUCUUGGAGCUGUCUUGGGACCCUGCUCAUGGCCCUGCUGUUUCAGACCUCAGAGUCGGUUUAUAAUCGGUGUCUGAGCGUCAGACAGUGUAAAGAUAAAGAGACACCAGGAAGUUUCAAUGAGUGCCUCAAAUCCUGCAGUCUGGACCGUGCACUCUAUGGAUCAAAUGACCUAAAACGUAGCACAAAGCAAAGAGAUAUCUACAGUGGCACCAUCAGUAGUGAUGAAGGGAAUGUGGACCAAAAGAUACGAGAGCUAAUGCAGGGGGACCUCCUGGACUUGGUCUCUCCAGGAAUUUGGGAAGAGGACAAAGAGGUGCAAGGAGAGGAUCUACCACUGAUCCGAAAAGCCAGACAAUUUGAUGCCAAAAGGUCCUAUUCCAUGCAACACUUCCGCUGGGGGAAGCCAGUGGGUAAAAAGCGGCGCCCUGUGAAGGUCUUUCCCAAUGGGGUGGAAGAAGAAUCUGCAGAGUCUUACCCUGUAGACUUCAAAAGGGACCUCUCCAUGAAGAUCGACUUCUCUGAUGUUCCUGAGCUAACUGAUGAUGACGUGGGGGAUACCCCAGGACCAAGUGGAGACAAAAAAAAGAAUGAAGGGGGAUACAGGAUGGAGCAUUUUCGGUGGGGUACCCCUCCCAAGAGGAAGAAUAAAAAUAAGGAUAAGAAUAAGCGGUAUGGAGGCUUCAUGGUUUCUGAGAAAAGUCAUACCCCUCUUAUGACACUGUUCAGAAAUGCCAUUGUCAAGAAUGCCCAUGAGAAGGGGCAGUAA